AUGUCAUUGUUCUUUUUAACACUGUCUCAGUCACCUGCUAUUUCUCGGCCAUGCUUCUGUUCACUGUCAAUAUGUGGGAGCAGCAAAGAAAACGGAUUUCUUUGUGAAUUCAAUUUCCAUGAUCCUGUAGGUGAAAACUACGCUAAUCCAAACACUUGCUUCUUUCAUGUUCUCUUCAAGGCUGCGGCUUUGGCAUUUUACAUUCUCUCCGCCCUCUUCAUUAAUAACUUUGUCAUCAUUUUUAUGAUGACUGUCCUUCUCGCCGCUCUUGAUUUUUGGGUAGUCAAAAAUCUGAGUGGGAGAAUUUUAGUUGGUUUGAGGUGGUGGAAUGAAAUCAAUGAUCUGGGUGAGAGUGUUUGGAAAUUUGAGUCUCUUGAUCAGCAGUCAUUGGCUCGGAUGAACAAGAAAGAUUCAUGGCUUUUCUGGUGGACGCUUUACCUUACAGCAGUUGCAUGGACUAUGCUGGCAAUAUUCUCUCUCAUAAGGCUUCAAGCUGAUUACCUCCUAGUUGUUGGAGUUUGUUUGACCCUCUGUAUUGCAAAUAUUGUUGGUUUUACCGAAUGCCAAAAGAGUAUGCUAGUUUGUUGAUGUUCUUGAAAUCGUAUUUUCUGAUAUGGCUAAUAAUAUU